AUGGCCCUACCCAUACUGUACUCAUCUUGGAGUUCGUCUUGUUCGUCUAGAGUCAGAAUAGCACUAGCACUCAAAAAAAUCGACUACGAGUAUCAUGCGGUGAAUAUACGGUCGGAGGAGGAGCAGAAAGACUUUUUCCUCAACAACCCAGCGAAAAAGGUGCCAAUUCUGAAAAUCAAUGGACUCACCCUGACCGAAUCGAUGGCUAUAAUUGAGUACCUGGAUGAGGUCUACCCGAAUCCCCCAUUGCUACCAAAAGACGCCGGAGAGAAAGCUCACGCCAGAGCUAUUGCAUUUCAUAUCUCCUCCAACAUCCAGCCACUCCAGAACCUGGCGAUUUGUAAGAUGGUGGACAAGAUAAAGCCCGAUUAUGGAAUUACGUGGUGCAACCAUCACAUCACCUACGGUUUCGACGCUCUCGAGGAACUACUGAAGAAAUAUUCCGGAAAAUUCUGUGUUGGCGAUCAGAUUACUGUAGCCGACAUCAAUCUACCAUCAAUUGUGUAUAACGCCAAGUACAACGUGGACAUGACACCGUACCCCACCAUCUCCAGGAUCGCUAGCGUUUUGGCUGAAAUUCCAGAAUUUCAAGCAGCGGAGGCGAGUAGACAACCGGAUGCGCCAAAGGAUAACUGA